GAAGCGCAUAUCGGGCGGGCGGGCCAGGGCUGGCGGAUUUGGCGGGCGGACCCUGCCGGGUAGGCGGUUCGGGGUCUUCCGAAACUUUUCUUGUCCUUGUCUUGCCCUCCCCCUCUCUGGCCCAUGGGCGAUGGUGGUGGGCCGGAGCCGCCUGCAGAUGCUGGUGGCCAGAGCCCCGUCUGCGCGCUGCUCGUGCCGAAGACCGAGGUCGCGGUAGCGCUGCGGGCCCUCAACUCCCUGACGCCGCGCUGGGGCGCCGCAGUGGCCCGCUUGGAGCGAGAGAGGUGCAAGGCUUCACAGGCCACGCGCGCGGGUUGGAGGAGAGAACGGGGAAGGCUGCACGUUCUUCGCCGUUUCAGGAUUACCUGCCCCGAGCUGCGCCCAAGCUGGGUGUUUUUGCAGGCAGGCUGAAGAGUGGCAUACGCCUGCGCCCGCGUAAGAAUUGACAACGCGGAUUCCCACCCCGCACGACUUGUAUGAGCCCAUGUCACGCACGAGGCAGGAGUGGCGGCAGG